AAACAAUCCCCAGCCUCCCCCCCCCGGCGCAACAUGACACAAUACCCCAAACGUAUCCCUUCGAUCCCAUACGCGGAUUCGUCAAAACCCCUUCAAACCCUCGACAUAUGGCUUCCCCGGCCUCUCGAGCGAUCUGACCCCAAGUACACCACAUGGAUCGUCUAUGUCCACGGCGGCGCCUGGCGUGACCCAACGCAAGACUCGCGCUGCAUUGAGCCCACCCUUGCCCACCUGCUCAAGUCCUACUCCCCCACCAUCGACAAACUUGCAGGCAUAGCAUCACUCAACUACCGCCUCUCGCCCUACCCUGCGCAUCCUACUUCGCCCAGCACGCCCUCCGAUGCCUCGCGCAACGUAGUGCAUCCCGAGCAUGUGCAAGACGUCGCUGCCGCACUGCGGUUUUUGAGGGAGUAUGGAAUGCAGCGCUGGGUAGGCGUGGGACAUAGCUGCGGCGCGACGCUGUUGCUGCAGUAUGUGUCUGGGACUGGCCUCUCUGCAUCAUCUGACCAAGAAGGAGGUGGACCAGAAGGACUGGUAUUGUUGUGUGGCAUUUACAACAUCCCGCUGCUUCUGCAGAACCACAACCCACCCACCUGUCCCGAGAACAUUAGUAGGAUCUACUACAACUUCAUCACUGGGGCAUUCGGCAACGACCCGUCUGCCUACCGUGGUGUGAGUCCUGUGGCGGGCCAGUAUGGUACACGGCGCUGGAAAGAGGGCAAAUUGAUGAUACUGGCGCAUAGCUAUGAGGACGAGUUGAUUGAGCGGCAGCAAAGGGAUGUCAUGUGCGUAGCGCUUGAUCGCGAGGAGUGGGGGAUCGUGAUGGAGGAUGGGGACGGGGAGGCAGAGAUCGGGGAGGGGAGUAGGGUACUGGAGGUCAGGGACUUGAAAGGUGGACACGAUUGGAUUUGGGAGGAUGGCGAACAGAUUGCGAAGCUGCUUGCUGAUGUUGUGGGAAGGUUGGUGAGGUGAGUAGAUGCUUCCAGAGGUAGUUGAGUCGAUCAUGACAUAGUAGAUAAGUUAGGUUACUCGGCAGGUGAAGGUUUGACCAGUGAACCACUGCUUCACUUAUGUGAUGACUUUUGCUACUGAUACAGCGUGGUAUAAUAUACAAUCGAUCCGUGUUUC